AUGUUAUCAUAUUUUAAUGUAGCUCAUAAAAGGCGUCAUUAUAUUCUUCGAUAUGCGUGGCAAGAUCAUUUUUCUGCUCCUGUGAAUCAACAUUUGAUCUCUGAUGCUAACGUACUUGAAAUUGGAUGUAGUGUGGGAUCAUGGAUACUUGAUAUGGCUUCAGAGUAUCCAAAUUCCCAAUACACAGGAGUUGAUAUAAUAUCGAAUUUUCUAUCGGACAUAAAGCCCCCUAAUGCAAAUUUUCAAAUAGGAAUUGCUUUACAUUUACCAUUUGAAAAUGAAACGUUUGACUUCAUACAUUUCGGCCCUGAUCUAUCUUGCUUGAACCUCAACGUUGGCAACGAGUCAUUUAGAAUUUUAAUUUUUGAGAUAACAAAAAGAUCACGACAUCCAUUCCCACAUUCUCCACAAGAAGAAUUACUUGUUGAUGACAGUUUUGGGGGGCGACUAAUGAAGACCUCGAAAAAUGUAAUGAGAACGACUUUGGGUAGGAGUUAUGAGAUAGCCGCUGGUGUUUUGGUUAUGGAUUCAACUCCACCAUACUAUGACUAUAAAAAUAAAGCGAAAGAUUUUGCGAGGACGUUAAAGGAUAUUUGA